CAACGGUAAUUUUAAGUCGAUUCGAAAACAGAAAAUCGACAUCACCAAGAAAACCUGAACCCUAGUCUGGUACGUAGCUACGUACGUAUUCGUACCUACUGUACUGUAAUUCGUACCUACUGUACGAGUACUGUAAGAUCCAAACAAUUGCUCGAACUUAAAAAUUUGGUUUCCAACCGACGGAGCGAAAAAGUCUGAAAACGAAAGGGUCCGAUCCAGUCCACGGGUUCAUCUCCGCUUCUACCGUAACACGCGAAAAACCCUUUCGGCGCUUCGACAGGCAUCGAGUUGAGAGAGACGUAAACCGCAAUCAAGCCGUCCAGCAGAGCCAUAUAGUACCAGCUAGUAGCAGUCCUUUCCUGCCAGUGAUCCAUAGCUUUCCGGUGUGACAAUGACAGGAACCGAAAAUUCUUCGCAGCAAGAAAAAUGGAUCUUUUCGCUGGCCCUUCCAUCGACGAUCGAUUCGAAUCGGGUGACGGGUGAAUUCGACACCGGRCAGCCGCAGCGAUGUGUGGAAUUGAUCUCGAUCCAAAACGAUUCGGGACCGGUCGGUGCAAAUUUCCAGAGCGUUGAAACCAAGAACGAACGAGACGACCAACAAUCUUCUUCGACGGAGGCAGCUGCCGGGGAAACAGCCAAGGAUWGCGAAAUAAAAUCGCUUCUGGACGACGAGUUCGAAGAUYCCCACGAUAGGAAAUUACCACGGGCCAAAGGCAACGAAGACGACAAURUCUAUUUCGAYGGUGCCAGAAGCAGCAGCUGCUGGAAAUUCUACAGCUCUGUUCACGGUUUGGCACUUCAGUCAUCAACUUUGUUGCGGCURUCGUACAGACCAGCCUGGCAGAGCAUCCCCGAAUUCACGAACAACAAGCGGAAACGGGCGAUUUACAACGCCUUGAUGUCCUGUUGUCAGUGCCCCGAGGGGCUAGAGGAAGAACAAAUCUGGGAGGUGUACUCCACGGAAGAUAUUCACAAAACAGAAAAGCUCAAAACCACCAUUCGUGGCAUUGGAAGCUGCCAGGCCAUCCGGAUCUAUUUGAAGCCCCUCGGCGAUACAGAUUUAGAUGCCAUGGUUACGCCCAGAAAAUUCCAAACUUCCCUUGACCUGCAUCGGCAACGUAUGAACGGACAGCAGGAGSGUUCUUGGUCGCGGUUUACMGAACCCGUGGACAACCUGCCCGACGGCAACGAAUUUAUCGUUCUGACCUUUGCCGUACCAUUGGAUUCGAACGUGUGUGGCCACAACCACGAUCCGCCGUUGCUCUGGAAGGUAGAUGUGCCGCCUCAUUGGUCGGGAAAUUCCAUGACGCUAGAUACCAUCACCGUCUUGGACGGAUCUGUCGACUUGUCGGAACCCGCUACAGCUGUAUACGUGGAAGGAUACCAGAGCUGGUCGUUCUCUGGAUCGRUSUGGAAAGGAGAUCCCCAGCCGACUUCGGCCAUGCCAAACGUGUUUUCUAGGGCAUUCAAUCUCGGUGGAUGCCUUCCCAUGCCUCCAACCACCUUGUUGCCUGCGUCGGGUUGGCAAACGAAUGUUUGCAACCCYGAGCUGUUCGAAUCGUCGUCAUCGCCACCUAAAAAACCCAAGAAGCACCGCUAUAAAUCGGACUUUUUUGCUUGCGUCACGACCGCACGGGACGGAAUCAUGGACGAGCACGGUGGACCCGCGCUCGUUUGUGGAUGGUUGUCCCAGCACAAGCAGUUUGGUGUCGUUUCGAUCGACGAUCGGCUGAAAAACGUCACUAUGCACGCGGCACACGACGCAAUGGUGAAUUCCCGGGUGAGCACCGACUGGGCGUACGCCCAACUAAUUACACCACACCGGUAUGACGAGGAACCCAUGGUGCAUUACCUGCAUGCUGCCGCUGCCCACAACCAGGCGAAGCCACUGCAAAACGGACCUCUUCUCACGGGGUGGUGCAGCUGGUACCAUUAUUACGAAAACAUCACGGAAGAAAACCUAAGGUCGAACUUCAAUAGGCUAUCUACGAUGAAACAUCAAGUUCCUACAAACAUGGCAAUGGUUGAUGAUGGAUACAUGACGGCUUGGGGAGACUGGGAUUCUCUCAAGCCAGGAAAAUUCACCACCAUGGACGUCGUUGCCGGCGACAUUGCUUCCUCCGGAAUGAAACCAGGACUGUGGAUGGCACCCUUUACCGCCGACAAGCAUUCAAAAAUUGCAAAGGAUCACCCAGAGUGGAUCAUCAAAAACGAUAAAGGUUAUCCCGCAAAUUCAUCCAAUUGUGGUAAAUUCUUUUAUGGAUUGGACGCUACCAAUCCUCAAGUUCGAGCACACGUGUCUAGGUCUAUUCGCAGAGCCGUCGAGGACUGGGGCUUUAGGGUGCUGAAAAUUGACUUUUUGUACGCAGCAUGCCUGGAAGGCAAUGGGAAAUACGAUAUGUCCAUGACACGAGCCGAAGCUAUGCAUCUGGCAUUGCAGACGAUUCGAGAGGCAGCGGGUCCGGACGUCUUUCUGAUUGGUUGCGGCUGCCCAAUGGCUUCUGGUAUCGGGUAUAUUGACGGCAUGCGCGUCUCGGCCGAUACCGGACCAACAUGGUAUCCCGAGCUGCCCCUGCCGUGGUGGGACAACGGGACGCUGCCUUCCUUGAGGGGGAUGAUUCGCAACAGCUUGAGUCGAGCACCAAUGGGUCACAGGUGGUGGCAAAACGAUCCCGAUUGCCUGUUGCUUGGAGACAGCACCAAACUCACGAACGCAGAAGUGGCGAGUGCUGCGUCGAUCAUUGCUAUGACAUGUGGAAUGUUGCUUGUGUCRGACGACCUCACGAAGGUCAGCCCCGACCGCAUGAAAAUCCUGAGUCGAAUAUUCCCUAUGACGGGAGUUUCCGGAGUCGUUUUGGAUCUUCACACGACAAAAGACAAGGGAAUGCCCUCGUUGAUUCGCCUUUGGUGCACAGAUAGAUACCGAAACCUCGAAAGGUACCGUUCCUCCGAAAGUUUCCGUCUCAGCAUGCGAGAAGGAGAUUUCAGCGCAGAAGCAACCUAUUUUGGACAACAAAGUGCCUUUGUGCAGAAUAAAUCCUUCGAUGCUCGCGAACGGUCUCGAAGUUGCAUCCAUGUUGCGAAAGGUAUGGGAACUUGGWCAGUGAUUUCUCUAUCGAACUGGUCGGAUCAACCUAGAUAUAUGCACAUUCCCCGCCUGGCAAUAUGCUCGCCUUCCGAGACAGGAUGGGGAGCUCGCGACGACGCCGAUACUCUCAAAUGCACCGAGAAUACGGGGGGCUACCACGUCUUCUCGGCCUGGUCCGGACGGUAUAAGUACUUGUCGUUGAAGGAUAGCAAAAGCGGCAACGAUCCCCACCCUAUCACCCGGCACUUGCUCGCCCACGAGACCGAAAUUUUUCACAUUCGAAAAGUAACGCCAUCGAAGCCACAAUACGUCGGGAGUGACAUCCAUUUUUCUUGUGGUCACGAAGUCUUGUCGUUCGAAACAUCGUCUUCCUCCUCCGAAGAGAACAGAGUAACGAUUCGGCUCAAGACAGAGUUGAAGCGCRCCGGUCACGUUUAUUUGUUUCUUCCCGUCGUCGACACRAGCCACGUGAAGGUCUCAAUGGCUGGCAAGGCGACUCGCUGGAAUGUCAUUUGCAAUGUUCCCGACGACCAAGAGGGUCUGGUUUCCCAUUGCUGCGGCCGUGUCGUUCGAGUCAUGGUCGUUGUUGACGCCGAUCAAUCCGAAAACGACGGGAAAAUAGUGAUAGAUUACUGAACGAAGAAUAAGUUGCAUCGAUAAGAUAAGGAUAGACUUUCAGAUAGAAUUGUUUGUCGGUACUAUUUCAAUAUAAUCUCAUCAUUGUC